AUGUAAAUUACUUAAACCCAGUUAUUUGAAUGGGUUAAGGAUGGAGAUAUUAAUACAUUGAAGAAACAUUUUGAAGAUUAAUUGAAGUUGGCACAUUAAAAAUUGUUAGGAUUUUUUAAAAUGGUUGAUGAUUAGAAUAGAAGUGUGGUUCAUUGGGCAGCUUAUUUAGGUUAAUAUAAAUUGUUAAAAUGGUGGUGUUAAGAAUAUAAAUAAAUGAUUGAUUUAAAUAAGGGUGAUAUGCAUUCUUAUACUCCAUUGGAACUAGCAAGCAUCAAAGGGUAUAUAAAAUUUUAUUCAUUUAGAUAUUCUGGAGAAUACAAUCCAGAAAAUUAAGAGAAAACCAUAAGAUUGUUAGUUGAUAAUGGGGCAUCAAUACCUUGUUAAUGCUUUUAUAAACCAAAUCCAUUGCAUUGGGCUUGUUAUUAUGGUAAUAAAGAAUUAGUCGAUUUUUUUAUUGCAUAAAAUUUUAAUUUGUAAUUGGAAACAGAACAAUAAGGAAAUUUUCCUAUUGAUUAUUUGUUUUUUGAUAAUAGACCUGAACAAUAUAAGUAUAAUAAAUAAAUAUAUUAUUUAGGAAAGACGUUUGGGAUAUAUUCUAAAAUGUAGUAAUUAACUAUGCCUACAUAACAUCUAAAGAAGAACUAAAGAGGAAAAUAAAAAAAAGAAAAUAACGAAAAGCAACAACAAUUACAGCAUAAAUUCCAAUUAUAUAACCUUUUAAAGAGGAUGAGGAAGAAUCAUCACCAGAAUCAGAGCCAUCCAGAUAUGGGAUACCUUGUUUAAAUAUUUCAAAUAUCAAUAGAAGUUUUGCCUCAAAUUCGUUUCUUUCUAAAAAUACAAAUAUUAAAAGCACAUAAAAAACGCCUAAUAAUUAAUAAGUAUUAAAAUCCUAACCAAAAACUGGAUGUUAAAGAGUUUAAUAAAAGAUUUUAGAAGAGAUUGCAGAUAUUCCAUUAUUUGAUGAUUCUCAUCAUGAAAUGAAGGAACCAGAAGAAGAAAAAAUACCUGAAAUAAGAGUAUUUAAUUCUAGGAAUACAAAUAAUAGUAAAAUAUUUACAGAAACAAAUUAAGAUGAGUUAAUUCAACUUCAUCAAUAUACUUCUAAUAAUAAUCAACCUACAUUGGUAGAACCAAAUAGUGAAGUACCUUAAAAUAAACGAAAACAUCAUAAAGGUAAAAAAUUGAAAACCACAUUAAUAUUUAAUAAUGAUGAUUUAGAAAAUGGAUCAAAAGAAAAAUAUGUUAUAUUUAAUAGUAAAGCUGAUUUGACUAUUAAUUAAAAAUAUGAAUCUCGACUUUAAUAUUGGUCAGCCAGAUAAGGUAUUCAGGAAUUCUUUAUAUAUUUUCUCAAAAGAAAAUGCAAUCCUUUUCUGAAUGUAUAUUAAGGUUUCAACUGUUUACAUAUUGCUGCAUAUAGAGGAAAACCAAAAAUGUUAAAAACUAUUUUAGAAAAUGAUUAUGAAUAUUAUGAUAGUUCAGAUGAAGUUAACAAAAAAAACAAAAAGAAACUCAAAAAUAUUAAAUUUAAUAAAGUAAUUAAUUUUGAUCUAUUAGUCUAAGAAUGAAUGUAUAAAUAUUCUCACUGAUUAAAAUCCAUCUAAUGCUCUUCAUCUAGCAAUUGAAUAAGAGAAAUAUCAUUGUAUGAAAACAUUAAUAUCUCAUGGAAUAUCAGUGGAUGCUGUUAAUAGUAGAUGUUUAAAACCAUUUGAAUUAACUUAUAAUUCAAAAUUUAUGGAAUUCUAUGAAGAAAAUAUAUAAGUUAAAUAAGAGAUAAAAAGUUUGGCGGAAUUAGGAUAUUAAUAUGUAAUUUAGACUAAAGGAACUUCUAGUGUGGGAUAAGAUAUAGUUUUUUUGUAAUUAUAAAAUAUUGAAUAAACAUUUAAAGAUAGAGGAUGGAGUUUUGAAUUUUUGAUAUUUCAUGCUCCUAAUCUUGAAUAAUUAGAAUUAUAUUAGGAGAAUUUACAUAAUAAAAUAGUUAGACCAUUAUAUCAUUUCUAUGUGUUGAAAUUACCUCCAGAUGUGAUUUAUAGAUUAGCAGAUCUCUAUUAAAUAUCUUGUUAUAAUUUUUAAACAAAAGUAAAAAUAUUUAAUAUUUUAUUAGUGUAUAUGUUAAUUCAAUUAUGAAAAAAGUAGAUUUUUUGAAUUUCCUAAAGAUUUAUAAGUUUAAAUGUUGAUUUUAAAAACUUUGAAUGAUGAAUUCAAUGUUGAAAAAUUUGUUUUGGAAUAAUUAAUUAUAUCUCAUUUUCCAUUAGAAGAUUAAAAAAAAUGUGAAAAAAUUACUUAAUUUUGGAAUGAACAACAAAAUAAUUGUAUUCGUGAUUCUUUAAGAUAUGAAACUUAAUAAAUAGCUUUAAGACCAUUACAUGCAAUAUCCUCAUAUUUUGGUCCAGUUAUUGCAUGGUAUAUAGCAUUGAAUGUUCAAAUUAUUGGAUGGUUAAUGAUUCCUUCUCUUUUUGGAGCAGCAUUAGGAAUAUAUAUAAUCAUUAUUCAAUAAGUAAAGUAACAAUUAAAAUUAUAUAAGUUCAUCAAUUGUUCCAUUUUAUGCAUUGUUAAUGACUCUAUGGUAGACAUUAUUUAUGGAGAAGUGGAAAAAUAGAGAAUCAGAAUUGAAAUUUUGUUGGGACAUGCAUAAAUUCAAAUAGACUCAACCAUAAAGAGUUAUGUAUACAGGAUAAUAUAUUAUUAAUGAAGCAAACCAUAAAAUACAAAUCUAUGAUUAUUUUACUACUUUUAAAAGGAGAUUAAUAGCAGAAGGUCCAGUCAUUUUAAUAGGGAUUGCAAUAAUUGUAUUGAGUUUCUAUGCUUUUAAUCUAUGGUUAAAAGAAAACUCUAAUGAUCCUGUAAUGUCAAUAGUUAUUAACUCUUUAAAUGGUGUUUCUAUGACUGUUUUUUGUGAUUUAUACAAAAGACUAUGUAAAUCUUUAGUGACAUGGGAAAAUCAUAUGUAUGAUUCAGAAUAAGAAUAUUCAUAUAUUUUAAAAGUAUUUCUAUUUGAAUUUCUCAUUUCAUAUGUUUCAGUAGUUUAUGUAGCAAUAUUUGAAAGUGAUGCAAAUUCAUUAAGUGUAUCAGUUGCAAGUAUUAUAAUAACAAGAGGAGUAAUUUCAAAUGUAAAAAGCAAUUUAUUACCUUUUGCCAUAUUUAAAUUGGAAAAACGUUCAUUUACUAAAUUAUUUUCUGAAUUUAAAUAAUUAUUCUAAAGAAGAAUAUAAGAAAAAAAGAAUAUACCUAAAAUCUGUAACUAAGUAUUCUCAUCAGAGAAAUUAACUCAUGAUUAAUAAUUACUUUUUUUAUAAGAAUUAGAAAUGAGUAGAAUUAAAGGCCCUUAAAAGAUAUUAUAUGAUGAAUACACAAAUAUUGCCAUACAAUUUGGAUAUACAACAAUGUUUGCUCCAACCUUUCCAGCUGCCCCAUUAUUUUUCAUGAUCAAUUGCUAUAUCAAUCUAAGAUCAUCAAUAUAUAAUUACUAACAUAUCUUAAAAAGAGAAAGAGCUUAGGCAGCAGAUUCAAUUGGAAUAUGGUUGUAUAUAUUUGAAAUUUUGAAUUAUUCUUCAACUUUUAUGAAUUGUAUUGUUAUUGGAACUGUCAAUAAAGAAUAAUUUAAAGGGAUUAUUGGAAAUCAAGAUGCCCUAUAUAGUGCCUUUUUUUUAGCUGCCAUUGAACAUAUUUUACUAUUAAUCAAAUAUAUUUUAGAUGUUUCAAUCCCUGAUUGUCCUUAUUGGGUUGAGAAAGAAUUAAGAAGAUAAAUACAUUAGGAAGGUAAGUCUGCUGGAAUUAAUAAAUGA